GAUGGUUACUCUGGUAGCUAAACCGGAUAGAGUUUAAUUUGUAAAACACUAGGUGCGUCCCAAUUCGCCUACUUAUGCACUAUUCUAUACCGUUUUGUAGUAUAAAAUUCCAAAUAAGAAAAGUACACUUUGGACACUUCAUGCACUCAGCUGUCGCAGCUUUAAUUACGUAGCGGAGGGGGAGGGGCUACCAGACUCCGAUGUUGAAUGAAAAAAUAGCCUUAUAAAAUUCAUACACGGUUGAGUACAUAGUGUAUAAGUGCAUAGUGUAUAAGUGCGUCAUUUAGGACACAACUACUGCCUCCCUCCUGCUUCGCUUCUGUUCUGUUCCUCGCGCGUCGCCGCUGAUCAUCACCUGCGCAGAUGCUCGCGCUGCUCAGUCGUGCUCGAGCCUUUCAGAUGUUCGCCGGCGUGUACAGAUCCGCCUCCAUUUUAACAGCGUACCGGCGAAAACACACGGAUUAAGAAAAUUCGUCUGGCUUCCGAGAUUAGAUUCAAUUCGCGUCGUUUUCCCCCCUUUCCCCUCGUUGGACAAGCAAGACGCUUUUGUUUCCUGGAGGACAAACCGGCAGCAACAUCCGCGAUAUAACUGCUGUAUACCACCCCCAACAAAAAAUGUCUACGCUUAGGCUCUUCAAAUGACAAAAUGUAAUGAAAAAUUCAAAACAUAAUUCAAAUCCAAACGUCAUUCGGGUACAGCGUAAUAUCCUGGCGAAGUUAGCGACUGCAGGAAGCCUGCGAGCAGGCUGGAUACUCCAAAAGAACACAAAGAAAAAACUUUGUGUUAUCUUUUGGUAACUGAUGGAUUAACAACAGGUCUUGGUAGUGGAUUCAGGGUUUUGGAUCCUACUUUUCUAUGGAUGACUAGGAAGCAAGUUGGCACAGAUGAGCUACUGCAACUGAGAAUAACACAUCAAGAAAGAUCGUUAACACAUUGGGACACACACAUAGCCGUCCACCCACUGACACACACACACACGCACACACACGCACACACACACACACACACACGCGCGCACACACACACACACACACACACACUUAAACACAGAUGGCACUAGAAAACUCCACAUUCUCUUCUCGGCCAGAGUCCCUCUCUCUGCCGGUCACACAGAAAGGGGAAGUGCCUGCUGAGGAGACCAAAGAAGAUGCUCCUGCCACUGGAGUAUUUAACGUAUCGGAGGAACUCGGGCAUGUGGUAACCACAGAGACAUCAUCGCCCCCACAAGUGUCCGGUAAUAACAACCUGUCAUUCCAGGACAAGAUGGCUGCCCGGGAAGCACAAGCCAAUCAGCCCCGAAAGAAGCUGCAAGGGGCAGGGCAGGAGUGGGGAAAGUUUGGCUGGGCAGCACGCAAUAAGCGUAGGAGGCAACGAUACGUGGAGAAAAAUGGCCGCUGUAAUGUACAGCAUGGUAACAUGCGGGAAACAUACCGCUACCUGACGGACAUCUUUACCACUCUGGUGGAUCUGAAUUGGCGUUGCUCGCUCUUUGUUUUCGUCAUGGCGUAUGCAGUCACCUGGCUUUUCUUUGGUGCUAUAUGGUACCUUAUUGCAUACUGCAGGGGAGAUCUGGACCAUUUGGAGGACGAGACGUGGACUCCAUGCGUAAAUAAUGUUAAUGGUUUUAUCUCCGCUUUCCUUUUCUCCAUCGAGACGGAGACCACCAUCGGAUAUGGCCAUCGUGUCAUCACUGACCAGUGUCCUGUGGGCACCAUGCUUCUGCUUUUGCAAGCCAUACUGGGUUCAAUGGUCAAUGCAUUUAUGGUUGGCUGUAUGUUUGUGAAGAUCUCUCAGCCAAACAAGCGGGCAGAGACACUGGUGUUCUCCCGGAACGCGGUCAUCUCUCUGCGGGACGAUAAGCUGUGCCUGAUGUUCCGAGUUGGCGAUCUGAGAUCCUCACACAUCGUGGGAGCCAACAUGAGAGCAAAGCUCAUCAAAUCCAAACAGACCCAAGAGGGUGAAUUUAUUCCUCUGGAUCAGACAGAUAUCAGUGUGGGCUUUGAGACAGGGGAUGACCGUUUGUUCCUGGUGUCUCCAUUGGUCAUCUCUCAUGAGAUCGACUCACGCUCGCCAUUCUGGGACAUGUCCCAAGCACAGCUGGAGAAAGAAGACUUUGAGAUUGUUGUUAUUCUGGAGGGCAUGGUGGAAGCUACAGGUAUGACAUGUCAAGCACGGAGCUCCUAUUUGGUCGAGGAGGUGCUGUGGGGUCACAGAUUCAGCCCGAUGAUGUCCCUGGCUGAAGGAUUCUUUGAUGUGGACUAUGGAGCAUUUCAUCAUACUUUUGAGGUGGACACUCCUUCUUGUUCAGCUCGAGAGCUUGCAUUAGCUGCUGCUCGUCUGGAAGCGCACCUCUAUUGGUCGAUCUCCAGCCGGCUAGAUGAAGAGAAGUGGGAGGGGCCUAACCUGACCAAGCAGUCAAAAAACCCUGUUGAUUCUGAAUCUGUCAGUGGAAAAGAUGGAGGUGGACCAACAUUCAUUGUGGGUGGAGUUACAGAUUCCCAGGAACAGCCAAUUGUAGGGGAACAGAAUGGCAGUGUGACUACAGACCAAUCAGAAACUGAGGCCUAAGAGAAAGAAAGUAAGAAUCCAAGUAUUUUUAGGGUUAGAAAGUUAAUAUUAUAUUAGAUUUGAUUGUGAAACAAUCCAUGCCUCUUUCUUCAAAUAUUAAUCAUUUAGCCGCUAAUGUAUAGCAUAGAAUACCUUUCCCCAACGGGGAAAUCUUAGUCACUUAGUUUAUCAGUUUUAAAAGCAGACAUCUGAAACUGUGCUGCUUUAAAACUGGCAUGGUGUUUUCACGGCUGAUAUUAGGUUUCCUGAGACCAUUCAUUACCCAGAAUUCACAAAAAUUACACAGGGUAUGUUCGCUUUCACUAUACAUUUCACUAAAAUGUAUCCAUUGUGAGGCAUGGCUGGCUGGAAAGAUUGUUUGUAUAUUGAAGAUACGCUAGCUAUACUACACUUGAUGGAAGUGCCAUGUAACUACUUGCUUCAUUAUAAUACCUGGGGUUCUCUUCGUCAACAUUUUAACAGGAUUUUUUCUGCCAGGAAUUUAUUGGUAUUUCUAUCUGUUUUUCAGUCUCUCAAAUACAGGAAAUGGAUCUAAUGGGCAUGUGAAAUGCCCCCUUUGUUUAAAAUCAUAAAUCGUACAGUAUUUGUGUCUUUUUAUUUUAAAGUCACAGUCGGCCUUACAAACAUAUCUUGCACAGAGUUGGCAUUUUUUUUUUAUGUAACAGGGGUUUGUUACUUAACUAUUCUGUAAAACACUUCUUAAAUACUGUACAUAUGUUCCAGGGAUGAUGCAUCUUAAACAUUUCAGAGGAAGUGCUAAACUAGUGUCAAAGAUUCAAGACUUAAAAGAAUAGUCUAAUCAAAAAAUGGUAGCAGAGCUCUACGGAAAGCUAGUAGGCAUCAAUUGGCACUAUGCCACACGCAUCAUGUUAAUUAAUGGCUACUGGCUUUCAUUUAUACUAAGCCAUGUCAGCAUUUUUGCUCCUACUAUUCAUUUCAUGGCUGCGCUCUUGUCUUCAGAGCUGCCAAUAAAUUUAUGAUGAAUUACGUUGGUGAGUGCAGGCUACUCUGAUGGAACAUAUUCCACUAAUAUUCUAGUCCAUUCUAUUCUUGGAAGCUGCCCAGAACCAAAGCAUGUCUAAUGCACAGUUUAAUUAUUCCUGUAAUGUCCUAUGGGAGGGAAACCUGCUGGUGCCUUUUCUGAUGUUUCUGGACCUUAGAAGGAAUUGGAUCUCUGUGCAAUAAUAUUAUAUAGCCAUAAAAUAUAGCAAUCGUGAUGCAACAGCAUCAACACGGUCACAGAACACAGGGUUGGGGAUGUAUGGGUGGAUUUAUGAAGAAAAAUAAAUAUGACAAUGCAAUCAUUAGAUGAAUAAAGGAAUUCUAUAUACAUUUAUUAAUUCUAUAAUAAAUAAAUGAAUUCUAUUACUCAGUAACAUAUAGAUGGAAGGAAUUGAAUGACCACUUACAGUCAAAUAAACUGGUAUAUAACUAGAUUGUCAUAGUCAGGCUGGCUUUUUUUUUUUUUUAGUUUCACAUCAUAUUUCGGGUUAAGCACAUGUGGUAAGCAGUUCAUACCAAAAUUGUGUCAUUGUUAGACCUCCAAAUUAUCUACAUACUUAAAUAGUACUCAGACAGCAGUGACUGCAGUUGACAGGUGGAGUUUGUCAAAGACCAGGAUCUUGAAGGUGACAUCAUCUUAAUUGGGGGGAAAACUUUAACUAGCAAUUUGAUUAUUUUGAUGAAAAUAUGAACUGCUACUUAAGAAAUAGCAAAGUGAGAGCACAAAAAAAGAAAUAGAAAUAUUCUUGACAAUCAGCCUCAAUAUAUUCACUAUAUAAUAGGCUAGUGUUAGAUGUUUAUUUGAAAUGUUGUUCUUGUAUAUCAUCAUGUUUGUUUAAACUGUAUUUUUAUUUUUCUGUUGAUAUUGUGCUACGUCGUAUUAUAGUUAUUACCUAUCUCCUGUCUUUUUCCUGAUUAAAGGCAAGUGAUUAUUUCAAAGGUGAUGCUCUAGACCUGUCAGAAAAACUGGCAACCUCAGAGAUGCACAGUUAAUUUCAGUUAUAAUAUUCAAUCUGAAUUCACUGCCCAGAAGCUGAACAUAAACACAUGUUGUGCAAAUAUUUCAUGCAUAAAUAUCAACAUAUCUUUUGAUUUAAGUUGCAAUGAAAAUCUGAAUAUGGCCCAAAAUUUGGACCAAUUAUAAAUUCUGGUGGAUCUUUUACACCUAUACUCAUAUCAGAUAGGGUGCUAAUAUGGGCACAUCAUAUUUCAGUUUCACAACAUGACAUCCCAGUGUACGAUUGAUCAAUUUCUAAAUUUAAUCCUUUUGUCAGGAAAUAUCAUACUUCCAGACUAUCAAGCACCAGGAAAAAACUUUUCUCUGAGAAUGAAAUUGUGCUAGAUUAAAGUAAGAUAUAAUAGUCCUGAAAUACUUAGCAAAGACUUAUAGCCUUAUUAUUAAAAUCAAGUCUUAGAGGACCAAAGCUUGGCACUGGAUCUAGUCUAAGUUCUACUGAGAAAUGAAUGUCUGGUAGAAUUACGGUUGACAAAGUAGCAGUUGUCAAGAAAAAUGGAAAGAACAUCAUGGAAAUUGGUAGAAAAGAGACAGACAAUAGUCAUGGGACACAAAUAGCAUCUAGCCGUAUGUUACACAUACCAUAGCAAAUCUUAUGAUUAUGUAAUUACACAAUCAUUUGUUAUAGUUAUAAAGCAGUUCACUGCUUGUAGCCAUUUCACAGUGCAUUAUGGGAAAACGCACAGUCUCUGAGAUACUGUGACCAUAUCGUAUAGACAAUAGACUGUCACUCUCUGUAUAUACAUAUUAUAUUUAUUUAUAUAUACAUUGACUUGUAUUAACAUGCAACAGUAAUACCAAUUAAGGAGUCUUGUGAUUGUAUGUGUUCUAGCAAUUGGGAUGUUUGGUAAUGUAGUAAGAACACUAACUAGACAGGGCCACUGUUUAGUGGUUUCCCUGCUCCAAUGCACCUGAUUUCAGCUCAUUAAAAACUGAAAAGAUGAGACUCAGAGCAUGGAAAAUGCUAAGUGGUUCAGAGCUAAAGUUAUUUGGGUUUAAGAGUCCUGAAACACAGAGAUUUAAAGUAAGUACAAUAGGUAGAGAAGGCACAUUUAAUAUUUAGCACAUUCAUUUUUCUAGCACAAGGUAAAUUAUGUGUUUUCUACAUUUUACUUUGGUUAGAGAUGUUCUUGAAACUACUUUGGUAAUUCUUGAUUAUGCAUUUAAAGAUGCAAGUGCAUAAUCUCAGCGUAUGCUUUAUUAUGGCAGAUCCAACAGUUGUAUCCAGUGUCCAUACUGGGUGUCAAAACUCAUGCAGGCAAAAUCUUACAAGGAUAAUCUAUAUUCAAAACUGAGGGAAACAAAGUCCAAUGAAACAGAGCUCAGAUGACAAAGCUUGGACUUAAUGACAAUAAUGCAUAAUGAGAUUUUGCAAUAUUACAAAGAAACAACAGGAUAUACAGUACAUAGACAAACUAAUCAAAGAGUAACACAGAACAGGUGAACACAAUCAGGUUACAGACCAUUGAUAGGGUGGGGGUUGGAACAGGACCAAAACAGAAACUAAAAACUUAUCACUAUGGAAACCGCAAUAUGAAUGGGAUAUUUGUGACAAUUGUACAGUAUGGACACACUUUUAAACAUUACGCACUGCACCUUUAAUUGCACACUUCAGAACAAUACCUUAAAUACUAGCACAAAAUGAUAGCUAGAACAGAAAUCUGUGGAAGUGCAGUGCGGCUUUGGAAAUUCUUGAUUUGAUCUUUGAAUGAACACUCGAGAUAAGAUAGGAGUCUAGAUUUGUGAUUUAAUUUAGGUGAUGAUUAACAUUAAAUGUUACAUUGAUUAGGACAUAUACUAAGUAAAUGGAAAAUGAUGUAAUUGCAAAGAUGUUUUAGGAGAUGUGGAAUAAUAGAAAUAGUAACUGACUGAAGGCAAUCUAAGUGUCUUGCUACAUAACCAGUGUUUUCAGAGUGAUCCUGGUCCCCCUUCAGGUAAUGAAGGGCUUCAUGAAUAUGAUUUUGUGAGUCUAUGUGCAAUCUAUGUUAAAUUCCAUGGCAGUGUUUUAUUUAAGCAAUAUCGCACAAGCGUGUGCACAAGAGUGUGAUAUUGCCUUUAAACAACAGUUCUUUAAACAAGAAAUUAAUAUUGAUUAACUGCAAUUUCAGACACAAUAUGGCCAAAUGUUCUGUUUAUUUUUGUUCCACUAACAAAUACAGAUCUCGAGAUCCCAUUAAAGGUGAAAUUGGCAUCCCUUCUUCCUUUUCAUCUUCAUCUGAUGAGCAUUAAUUUUUUUAAGUUAGAAGUUAUAUUCCUGAAAAGUAUUACUUGCCAUGCCACUGAUAAUGUCACUAACUCCACUUUUCGAACAGGGAAGUGGAAUUUUAUUUGGUGAACACACACAAGCAGAGUGAUACUAACAAUAAAAUGUCCCAGUGCAGUAAUACUAUAUAUAAGCACUUGUGGAAUGCCACUCAACCAAUCAAAUUAGUGGACCAGAACUAACUGUUGUAUAAUUAAAAAUGACCUCAAAGUAUGAGAGGUUGGCCUAAGAGUGAUCGUGUACACUGAAUAAUCAGCACUGUAAAACAGUGCUCAAUUAAUUAGAAUAGCACCAAUUAAAAAGUUAUGUUCAGCCCCCUAGAUGAUAUUUUUAAUCUUUGAUCCCUUUCAGGACAUAUUAAGUUUGAGUAACUUAAAUUGACUUUGUAACUACAUAAUAACAUUAUAUCAGAAAGUUCAGUGGUAUUCUUACAUUUUAGAAAAUUCUCUACACUCUGCAGCAGCAUUGGGUAAUCUUCCUUUGUGUUACUUAUGUUGUCUAUAGGCAACAUUUUGGGUGACCUGUUUGAAAACUCUGAGCUUUUGUGUUCAAUGAACUGUAUUAGUUGCAAUACAUGCCAUUUUUAAUACAGUCUUUCUAUAUAGCUUUUUAUGUCACGUGCCAAUUGGAAUUAGGAGAUUUUGCCAACUUCUUUACAUCCUGUAGACAGACACAGUGAUUGAUUUUCUCUUUCUUUCUCUCUCUGAAAUGUUGCUGUGUAAUGUCUUGUAAGCAGUUGGUAGCACACGCAAAUAUUUCUUGCACAAGUAUGAAAAGCACAAACCCUGUGUUCCUGGAACUUUUUCCCCUUCUUGCUUUUGCUGCGCUACAUUUUUUUAAAUCUAUGUUUUUAAUCUGUAUGAUUACCUGUAUUAGAAAUGACAAAAAUAAUAAAAAAAACUAUAUUGAACGCUA